AGCGUCCUGAGGCGGUGACGGUUGGUAGCGCGCGCGCCACCCUGGGAGUCCCGCGCCGCCGGUGGCGCGCGGCGCAGGGGGAGGGAACCCGGCGCGAGGCGGGUCCCCCUGCGCGCGCAGCCCCCCCCUCCUCCUCCUCCCUCCUCCUGUCAGUGGCCACCUGAGGGAGCCGCCUCCCCUCCCCCCACGGCCCCAGUCCGGCCCGGGCCCCGCUGAGGAGGAGGAGGCGGCUCCGAGGGGGCUGAGGAGAGUCCACUUUGCACUCUUCUCUCCCACUGAGGAAGGCUAGCUAUACUUUUCUGCAAAGCCCACCAACACUGUUCCAAGCCAAUGCAAGAGGGAUGAGGACAGUUGAGAAGCAUAGCUGCAGGACCUUCAUUGCAGGCAUAUUGCCCAGCCAGGAGAAGUGGACAAGAUUCUCUUUGGAACCCAUGAACUUCUCUAACAGUGGCAAAAGAAAGCGAGCGGAUAAUUGUUCCAGGAUCUUGCAAUCCUUUGUCAUCUUUGCAAAUGGGAGACGUUCUGGGCCGUAUGUGAUAGGAGUCUUUCAUACACAUCCAUGUUGGAAAAGACACUGGCUGAUUCAAACCAGAGCUUCACAAUGACCGAGGAAGCAUGCAGGACACGAAGUCAGAAACGAGCACUAGAACGAGAAAUAACCCAAAAUGACGUGGACAGUAAAAAAAUUAAAACGGACAAAGGAUUGUUGGGAACAGAUAUAAAGACUGAAGGUGACAUUAAAAUAAAGACUGAUCCUGGAGCUGGGAAAGUCCAAGGAUUAUUAAAAGGAGGGGAGGUAAAAGCAACUAUUAAAGUGGAGGUACAGACAGGUGAUGAACCUGUUGAUAUGAGUACCUCAAAAAGUGAUCUAAAGAGAGAAAAGAGAGUCCCCUCACCUGAUAUUAUAGUGUUAUCAGACAAUGAACCUUCAAGCCCUAGAAUGAAUGGUUUAACAAAAAUAGCAUUAAGAGAGACCAACACAGAGGCACUCAUGGCCUUACAGAAGAGCAGCCCAGAGGAGCGUGAGAGAAUGAUUAAACAGCUAAAAGAGGAGUUACGGUUAGAAGAAGCAAAACUUGUUUUAUUGAAAAAGCUGCGGCAGAGUCAAAUACAGAAAGAGACCACUACUCAGAAGCCUCCUGGUUCCUCUGGGAGUGCUGUGGCCACCCCUCCCCCAUUGGUGCGGGGAACACAGAAUGUUCCUUCUGGCAAACCAUCCCUUCAGACCUCUUCUUCACGUAUACCGGGCACUGUUAUUCCCCCUCCAUUGGUCCGUGGAGGGCAACAAGCAUCUUCAAAACUGGGAUCUCAGCAGAAUACACAGAUAGUAAUGCCACCUCUUGUCAGAGGAGCACAGCCCAUCUCUGUUUCUCCCCAGCAAAUCCACAAUAUCCGACAGCACUCCAGCACGGGGCCACCUCCACUGCUUCUGGCACCACGGGCAUCCGUCCCCAGUGUACAGAUUCAGGGACAGAGAAUUAUACAACAGGGUUUAAUCCGCAUUGCCAAUGUUCCCAAUACCAGCCUGCUUGUCAAUAUACCACAGGCCUCACCUACUUCAAUAAAAGGUACAACAGUGACAUCAGCUCAGGCUAAUGCUACUACUACAAGUGUUGCUUCUAUAGUGAACUCCAAUGAGUCCCCAGCCAGUCGGCAAGCUGCUGCCAAACUUGCACUGCGCAAGCAGCUGGAGAAGACGCUACUGGAGAUCCCACCUCCUAAACCACCUGCACCAGAGAUGAAUUUCCUGCCAAGUGCAGCCAACAACGAAUUUAUUUACCUGGUUGGUUUGGAGGAAGUAGUGCAGAACUUGCUAGAAACUCAAGGUAAAGUUUCAGUCACAGCCUCAUCUCAGGAGCCCUAUAUGUGUGCUCAAUGUAAGACUGACUUCACUUGCCGCUGGAGGGAAGAGAAGAAUGGAACCAUUAUGUGUGAAACCUGUAUGACAUCGAAUCAGAAAAAGGCCCUCAAGGCUGAGCACACUAAUCGACUGAAGGCUGCCUUUGUGAAAGCAUUGCAGCAAGAGCAGGAGAUUGAGCAGCGGAUACUGCAACAGACUGCUUCUCCUGUACAGACCAAGUCAGAACCUGUAGUCCAGCACCACUCACUCAAGCAGACUAGCCAGCUGUCUCGAGGUCCCCCAGGAACCACCCGAGGAGUCUUGCAUGCAUUUAGUCAGUCACCUAAGUUGCAGAAUGCAUCAGCUGCAGCAGCACUUGGUAGUAGGCCAGGUAAGCAUGCUGAGAGACCUGUCAGCAAGAGCAAUGCUACUACCUGGAAGAAGACCCCCAUCACUACAGGUGGGGCUCUAGCUUUUGUAAACCCUAGUUUAGCUGUGCACAAGACUUCUUCAGCAGUAGACCGUCAACGUGAAUAUCUCCUGGAUAUGAUUCCCCCACGAUCCAUCCCUCAAUCUGCAACAUGGAAAUAAUGCAGUGGAACGCCCAAGAGGAAGACUUACCUGUUUCUGCCAUUCUUUUUUAAUACCACAAUACAGUGGAAUCUGCUUUAAACCCAGCUGGAUUUGCCCAAGCUUUGUAGGAAGCAAGAAGACUGCUCCUCAUCCCAUUGAGUGCUGCUGUCCUUGCUAUGAGAAAAUGGUACCAAGAGAGUGGAAACAGACUCGAGCUCAUCUGGCUAUCAAAUUCUUGUGAUUGGCUGAUGGUGAAGGCUGUCAGGAAGGGGGAGAAAUUCUUAUUUUUUGGCUUUGUGUAUUUAGGUGUUUGGGGGUGUGUUUGUGGUCACCAGCACAAAGGAGGACUGAAAGGACUAUCUGCCUUUGGUUUCUUUACUUUACGAGCUAGCUAGUCACCAAGCAUAGAGUGUUCACUGGCAAACAAGGAUGCACUUCCUUGUAAGAAAAGUGGAAUAUGAACCUAGUGAUAGCAGAUGCAUUUAGCAGGUUGAAUUCAUGUUUGCUUCUCCUCUUUCCCCCACCCCAGAAAGGCAAUCUACAAUUUAUAAUAAUGAGCUAAUGAUAAAUAAGCGCAAACUCAAAUUCCAGUUGGUCGUGAUUUCUAAUGGACUGGUUGCUGCCCCAACAGUCCCAGCAGGUGGGAGGCAGCGUAGGCCUCUCACUUUCAUUGGAUUCUGUUGAAUAGACUUUGUGGACACUUGAUGGUCUAAACCCUGAUGUUCUGAACAAUAAACAGUACUUUGUUCAGUCUCUCUAAUCCAGCACAGAGCCGUUGGCCCUUGCAAAAGUUCCCAGAGACUUUUUUUUUUAAAGUGAAACUUUUUUUGUUGUUGUUUUUGUUCUUUUGAGAAGUUGUAUUCAAAAACUAGAGCUCCUGAAGCUGUGUGUAAUCAGGGAGGGUGAGGGGAGGGAGCAGAAGGAUGAAAGGUAGGAGUCGGGCAACAGGUUCUUUCCUCUGUUAUCAGUGGAGAAGCAAUCCUUCCUAGUCCAUGCUUUAGUGGUGUGAUGACUGUACAAGCACAUGUUGGGCAUGCUUCACCCUGAUCCCUAGAAUUCCAUUCUUUCAUGCUCCCCUCUAUCAUAUCACUCCAGUAUUUCAGUUUUGGUAGAGCUUUAGGUAACCCUUCUUUAAGGACAGGAUUCUGUGUGGUUUUAAUAUAUUUUGGGAUUACACGGAUAUGUUUAGAAUCAUUUUGGUUUGUUUUUUUUCACUUUAUGUUGGUUACAAGUGGCAGAAAUACAUACCUUGCUACUUGUAUUGCAUAUUGGUACUAGAACUAGUGCUGAUAUGAAUUCUUUUCAAAGUUUUUAUAUAUAUAUAUAUAUAU